GUUAGCAGCUAACUUAGCUCCUGUGUGAUCAUCUGGGAUCUUCUGGUUCAUGCUUGGCGGGGCCCUGCAGAAACGAAAAACAAAAUUGUAGGGCCAGUAAUAUUUGCAGCAGGAACGGCUUCGUUUGUCUACGUGAGUCGGCGAAGCGAUCAGGCUGACUGACAGGAACAGUUAAUGACUGAAAUGUUGACCAGGCCUCUCUGUGGACAUGGUAUUGUGGCUAUCGGCGUUAAUGCUAACUUAGCUUGUUAGCAUAGCAGGCUAGAUAGCUACAGCGUUAGCUGUGGCUGAAACUAGCUAGCGAGGAGCGUAGCAUAACACUGGCUUAUAGGAGCUAGGAGGUAAACUCGUGUAAUUUAACAGUAGUGUUGUUAAAUAAUCGUUAAUGCCACCUACGUUAGACUUGAGGCAGAUAUCUGUUUUGCUCUCAAAGUAAGCUGCUGGUCAGUUUGGCUAAUGAUAGCUAAUUUAACGCGCUAACAUGCAGUGCUAGUUUAGCAUAGCUGCGUUUCAGUACAUAUACUGCCGCCGUGCUCCAGCAGAGCAUCGGAUCGGUAGCUAGCAGGUACCGGGCAUUGCGCGGUAUGUAGCCAUGGCAUGCUAACCAUCCAUCAGGAAAGUUGGUGACUGGCUAUAACGUUACAGGCAACGUUUGCGCAGGCCAGUUAUGACUGACAUGUAGUCGUGAUAUGAUUAAUUAUAUAGAUAGCGUUGUUAUUAGCGUUGUUAUGAUAAUUGGCCAGGGAUAAUUUGCUCCAACACCGGAGUUACACAGACGACAGGGCCUUGCAGACUGCAGUGGUGUAACUACAUUUCAAGUUAGUUUGUCUCACGCCAGCUCAGUUUUCCUGAUUUGACGAUGUUUCAUUAAAACGUGUAAAGUUAGCAAAGUUUGGAGAGCAACGAUGUGACACAACUGAGCUGGUUAGCCAUUUUAGGUUCAUGAAUUGGUGGCGGGCAACGUUAGCUAGCAAAAUGAACAAUUCACGAGUCUUGCCACAAGAGAAGAUGGAGCUGGAUCUGGAAAUCCCAUCUUCGUUAGCGCAGACCGAUGGACACUUGAGACGAUCCAAUAGUGCACCCAUGAUAAAUGUCUUAAGUGAUAACUCCCAAGUGUUCCAGAGAGAAGUCCUGCGCAGCCGGAGGAACAGCACUACAGUUGUCAACAGGCCCAACAUGGUCCCGUCAUCACCUAUUCGUGUCCCCAGCACCAGACUUCAUCAGAUCAAACAAGAGGAGGGCAUCGAUGUGAUGAACAGAGAAACUGCUCAUGAGCGGGAGGUACAAGCCGCCAUGCAAAUUAGCCAGUCCUGGGAGGAAAGCCUUAGUCUGAGUGACAACGAUUUGGAAAAGUCUUCGUCUCCAAAGCGCAUCGACUUCGUGCCUGUGUCGCCUGCUCCGUCCCCGACCAGAGGGAUAGGAAAAAAGCAGUGUUUCUCUCCUUCACUACAAAUCCUUGUGAGCAGCAAUGGGCUAACACCGAGCCCGAUACCCAGCCCAACACGACGCUUCAGCCGACGGAGUCAAAGCCCAAUCAACUGCAUCAGAGCCAGCAUACUUGGACCAAUAAAACGCAAAGGUGAGAUGGAGACAGAGAGUCAGCCUAAGCGGCUCUUCCAGGGCACCACCACCAUGCUGGCCUCUGAUGUCUCCGGCCUGUCGGAGCUCAGUCCCUGUCACUGUCCAGAUUUGCUGGACGGCAGCCUCAGCAGCGUCAGCUCCUCCACAGACUCGCCAGGCAAAAUGGAGGGAGUGUCGCCCUCCUCGUCCAGUAACUCGCCCUUCGCGUCCCUCCAGGAUUUAUCCCCAAAGUGAGCAUGGGACAGAAAGAGACACUAUAAAGGACUAGCGCCAAAAAGCCUCUCUAGGGAACAAGUUUCCUUCUCAGACCCUCCAUCUCACCAUCGCCUUGAUUUGGUGGAAUUUUCUGUGUUUGUUUGUGAGCAGCUGUUCUCAUGGCUACAGCUGGGAGGGUCUAGGUAAGGUUGAAAUAAGGAAACGAAAGCCUUGGAUGAGUUUUAGUGUGGAAGAGUAAAACUAAGAAAUAACUGAAGACACUGAGCACCAGCUGCUAGGAGAGGAUCUUGGAUGGUGCUUGGCUUCAUAGUGAUAAUGUGUUCAUAAGUGGAUAUGCUUGAGCACUGGGAAAACUGACUCCCAAAAAAAAGGAAAACAAAAGACAUUUUCCCUGUUUUUGUGCUGGAAACUUCUGUCCGCAGGCCUUUUUUGUAUGUACAGUCUGCAGAGUUUGUAAAAAAAUAUUUAACUUAUUGUUUUCCUGCUUUGUUUGUAAUUAUGUACAUAUUAACAUUGUCAGAUGUCGUACAUAGUUUUAAGUUUGUGACUGGCUGUGAGGUGAAUGUGGGCACAGGUCUUCAUCAGCAAAAGUUUUCUUUGUAAAGGAACAAACUACUUCUGGGGUACACCUAUGGAGAUGUCCUUACUGUUCUACUGUAAGAGUUGUUUUCAGAAGAUUUUUAUGACAUGGUCUAUGAACUGUGGUUUUCUUUUUCAAUUUGGCUUAUAUGCCCCCUUCUCGACUAACUGCAACUUUAAUUGUCUAGUACGAGCAAUUAAUGCACCUGCAGUUACUCGUGGACAACACUAAAGAAUCCUGUGUUUUUGUCAGGAUUUUUUUCUUUGCUGGGGAAAUGUUCUUAUUUAUGAAAAUAUUAUAAGAAUUGCAUGGUGAUAGGUUUCUGUCCCCAGUAAAAGUGAAUCAUUUGUGUUGUCAUUUAAACCAAACUGAACAUACAGCACAAAACAAACCGGCACCAGUCUCAUUGUGAGUAGAGGCUGACGUUCCUGCUGUGGUUAUAUUUGUUAAAAUAGCUUUUUGCACAGGAUGCUAAUGCCUGUGUGUAAGCGGGACAGACAUGAAACAAGAUCCUAGAAAUGCAGUAUGUAGAGGCGCUUGUACUGUGCUUUUUGCACCGAAGUUUGCGUUCAACUGUCACGGCCCCAGUGUCCAUGUCCCCCGUGUAGCUUAACAUCUGAACCCCUUCAUGGUGCUGUCGCCUUUGAUGUGUUUGUACAAAAGGAAAUGAUUGUGAAUCAUUUUAUGGAAGUGUGGAUGCAGUUUUUUUUUUUUUUAAAGCAAUUCUUUUUACCAUUCUACAAACAAGUAAAUGGAAAAAGCUGUCAGCUCGCCCGGCUGUCAACAAGAUGUCUUUUUUCUCAUCUUAAGUGUUCAGGGCAUGAAUUUAGAAAAUCUUAUACCGUAUGACUGCAAUUGGCUGUAAUCCGCCAAGCUGGCCCACAACUCGCCUAUGCUUGUCUUUUUGUGAUUGCAAUUGUAGCGGCCAUCAAGACUAAAUAAAUUAUUUCCUUAA